UGCAACAGCUCAGAACGUCGCGUUAUAUGCCAGUGUACGUUGUACGUGCAUAUACAUGUUUAAUACAUUCUCGUAAAACACGUGUUCCAUAAUUUUAUACAAUUUUUAUUAAUUUCUUAUAAAAAGAGGAAGUACAUGUGCUGGCAGAUUUAAAAACGAUUAAUAACAUUUCUACGUUUGUGAGGCGGGGUCCUCAAGUCACGGCAUUCCCAACUCGUUUGCUGAGCUGUCCCGAGCAGCUGCUGAAGUUUACAGAAGAACAACUUUCAUCGGUUGUUGAUAGUUUUAGAAGUCUAGGAAGAUGCGGUGGAGUAUGGAGGUGCUGAGAGUGUGUGUGGCGUGUUUAUCGCUGUGUGUGUCUGUGAUCAGCGCUUUCUCUCAGUCUCUGGACAGUGACUUCACCUUCACUCUGCCCGCGGGACGCAAAGAGUGCUUCUUCCAGCCCAUGAAGAAAGACGCUUCUCUGGAGAUCGAGUACCAGGUUCUGGAUGGAGCGAGUCUAGAUGUGGACUUCUACAUACAGUCGCCCAGCGGUCACAUUAUAGCCACUGACUACAGAAAGUCUGAUGGGGUUCAUACAAUGGAAACAGAAGAGGGAGACUACAUGUUCUGUUUUGAUAAUACAUUCAGUGCAGUUUCCGAGAAAGUCAUCUUCUUUGAGUUGAUUUUGGACAAUAUGGAGGACGGCGAGGAAUCGGAGGACUGGAAAGCAUACGUGCAGGGAGCAGACCUUCUGGACAUGAAGCUGGAGGAUAUCAUGGACACCAUCAACAGCGUGAAGUCUCGACUGGGAAAGAGUCUUCAGAUCCAGACAUUGCUGAAAGCCUUCGAAGCCCGUGACCGCAACCUGCAAGAGAGCAACUACGAGCGGGUCAACCUGUGGUCGUGUACCAACCUUGUUGUCAUGGUGAUCGUAUCUGGGGUCCAGGUGUACUUGCUGCGCAGCCUCUUCGACGACAAGAGGAAAACGCGCACAUAGCUGCCUCUACUGCUACUGACUGAAAAACACAAACACACACACCUCUGUCUGUCUCUCUGUCCUUACAUAUUCAGCUCCAUCCUCCGUUUGCUCCCAUCAAGUGUCCUUGGACUGAUAAUAGCUGGAGUCUCUCCUCCUCCACACUUUUUUAUGUCUCAAGACAAUCAUUUUCUACUUGGCUAAUCCGAUAAAAUGAGAGAUUGAAGUUGAUCUCUAAGCUGCUGCUCUGUGCCAGAUCUAACCAGGAACAUGAUGUUUUUAGUUUUAAAUCUAUAUAACUAGACUAUCAGAGAACGAAUAGGUUUGCAUUUUUGUGCCACGUGUAGUUACUGAAUUCUUCCAGGCACUGAUAAUACACUGAUAUGCAGCACGUUUCGUAUUUUUGUAACAAACUAGCAAAGUAUUUUGAAAUGACACAAUUGUAAAGCGUUUAUGAGCCAUAUCAUGUCUGAUUAAAAUAUUGAACGCUUUUUCAUACGUUAACUGCACCUACGCCCAUUUUCGGUUUGCUUUACUUAUCUGUUAC